AAAUAUUUCUUACCUGAUGGAGGAGCACAUUUGUAUCCAGUAGCAAAUAAUGCGGAUACUUCACAAGAUCUGAAUCUAUGCUAGGCCUAGCUUCCAGACAAGGAUCGUCCUGACCACACGAACAACACAGUUUCGACCCACACCAUAUAUCGUCGCGAAGGUAGUGCUCACGUACCACUUUUAUUACGCCACCUUUACGGGUUUUCUUAACAAAACUUUUUGAUUUAAGCAUUGUUGCGAUUUUAAACCUGAAUUAACGCUAAUAAUUUUGCACAAGACCUUAGCUAGGCCCAUAGGCCCUUGGCGAUUAGAAUAGAGAGUAAGUAGUUCUUAGGCCAAGAAAAAGUUGUCAAACACCCACAUGGCGUUUACAUUCUGUCAUAACCUCUAACCGCUUGGUUUAAAGGUCACAGGUUUAACAAGCUUUACUUCCGUCAGCAGCACCAACAGACCGCAGAAAACAUACGUACACGCACGGCGGCGCUGUCUGGUUUCCCCCUUUCUCUAAUGUAUGCAGAUAUGCAAGCUUUUUGCAGAAUUCAAAAUUUUGUAUGUAGGCGACAUCUACAAACAAUUGCUUAUCGCAAGAGAGACUGCUCACAACGAGGUGGUGCAAUAUUAUCUGGGGAUGUAGACAGAUUCAACGGAAUCACAGUUAAUAUAUCAAAUUUGCCAGCCACUUGGCUAGAAUUUCCAGAACCAUGGCAGUUCGGCAUUGCACUUGCAGAUUCUCUAAAGUUAUGGAGGAAUGACAGGCGGUCAUGUGCCUGGUUGAAAGUACCAAUAGAAUCCAGUCACCUGAUCAAAACAGCAGCUGCACAGGGUUUUAAGCUGCAUCAUGCGGAGGGCGACUACACUAUGUUGAACAAGUGGCUCGGAGAGGAGCCUAGCAGAGUACCCAUGUAUGCCACGCAUCAGCUAGGAGUAUCAGGCUUUGUUUUAAAUGAAGACACAGAAGAGGUACUAAUGGUCCAAGACAAACAUCGAAUUUCAAGAUGGAAAUUUCCGGGAGGGUAUGCAAAUCUAGGAGAAGAUUUAUCGGAAACUGCCGUCAGGGAAGUCUUUGAGGAAACCAACAUCCAGACAGAAUUCCAGUCGGUACUUGCAUUUCGCCAACAACAUUCUCUGCCCUAUAACUUUGGUAGAUCCGAUUUCUACUUUGUUUGUCGCUUAAAACCGUUAACUUUUGACAUCAAGGCUUGCGAAUCAGAGCUGGUUGAUGCUCAGUGGAUUAAGGUUAAGGACAUUCUUGUUUCUGACGAUCAUACGCUUUUGUCGAAGCGAGUUGCAACACUUAUACGAGAAGGUUUGAGAAAUGGCUUCAAGGAUGUGGACAUUGGAAUGGACCAGUUAGAUUCUGUUUAUAAAGGAGCAACCUAUAAGUUAUUCCAUAGGAGUUUCGGUUCAAUAUCUGAACAAAGGCGCAAUGAGAACGUAAGUGAAGUCUAGCCGAGGUCCCAAGCCAAUUUUGCUUAUAAUUCUGAACAACUGAAACAGCACCAUGUUGGGCCCUAUGGUACAACUGGGGGUGCAAGCUUUUUUGCAGGGAUGUGCACACCCCGUCGAUAUCCCACUCCUCACUUUGCUUGCAGGUAGGAGGGGUUGGGGUGGUGGCUGUACAGUAGAAUUGAAAAAAAAAUAUUGAGGAACUUGGAGCAAAUCUAUUUAAGGUAGGCAAUAAAGAUACACUGUAGUUGGAAUGGUGAAUUGUUAAAAAAAUGAUUUAAGAAGUUAUCAAUGAACUAUGUAUAAAACAGAUCAAUAUAUGUACUUUUUUGCUUAUUUUGUAAUAAAGUAAUUGAAGAAUGUGUAAGCAGUGGGUAUAGAAAAAUAUUUUUAUAUGCUUUGGCUAAUUUGCAAUUAACAGUUACAACUCAAGUAAGAAAUUCAAGGAUUGAAUAUAAAAGUUUUUGGCUCGACAAAUACAGUAUUUGAAUUGUCUUCCAUGUUUCAAAUAAUUUUAAAUUAGUAUUAUGAUGUGUGCGAUUGUGUUUCUGAUAGAAAUCUAAAGUAUGGAAUCUUGACAAAUCUCUUAAAGAAUCUCUUUAAUCAAAAGUAUUAAUAAUAACUAACUAGUAUUUAAGCAUAUUUUUACGGGUAAAAUUGAGUUACUAUUAGAUAUUGUUGAGAGAUUUUGUAAAUACUGUAAGGCGAAACUUGAAAUUAAAACACACUUUUUACCAUGGA